CCCCUUCCUCUCUCCCCCAUUUGUUCGGCCAAGCUACAGAAAAAGAGAAGGAAAACUCUCCAUUCUUCCUCCCUCCAUUGUUGAAGAGAAAUCAUCAAGGAAGAAUCACCCAAAAAAGAGCUAAAGUGCUAAAAGUGUGAAAUAAUUAAGGCACUUGUAAAGGGUAUUUCAAGUGAUUUCACAAAGUUGGAAAGGUCGCCGGAGCUGUCGCCGGAGUUGACCGAAAGUCGCCGGAGUUUCACCGGAGUUCAACCAAGAGGGGUAGAACUUCAUAACGCUAGUUCAAGGUUGAAGCUAGGGCUUGCUACUUGCACCUUCUCACGGGUGAUAUCAAAUCAGGAAGACGUGAAAUGGAGGGCAGGCGAAUGGCAACCAGGAACAAUCCGAGAGGGCGGGCGCCGGUAGCGUCCCAAAGGGGAAGCCGGGCUGCAUCUCGGGGUUCAAGAGGAGGCCGUGGAGGCCGUGGAAGCCGUGGGGGUCAUCAAGCUCAAACUGUGAGUGAUGGCCAUGUAAGCUCGGUGUAUGAAACCAACACCGAGGACUAUGACUCAACCUACGUUCCAGAAACGGAGCAUGAGGAGACCCCGUAUGAUGGGGGGGAUACAUACACCGAUGAUGACGAUGAGAGUGAUGCCCGGUUCGCCCAAAUGGGUGAAUUACUUGAGUGGUAUCAAAAAGAGAAACUAAGGAGAGACCUUAGGCGCCAAGCUAGGUGUGGCUCUCGGGGAGGUUCGGGUCAAGGAAGCUGGGGAGUUUCCGUGGCCACCCCAGCGGCGUCACAAGGUGGGCGUGAAGGGGGUUUUGUUGUGAGAAUCUCCAAGUACCUCAAGGAGGCUAGGGCCUGGGGGUGUAGGUCCUUUGACGGCACCAGUGACAUUACCGUUGCCGCCGAUUGGAUCAAGAAGGUGAAGGAUGCAUCAAGAGAUAUGCAAAUCACACCGGAUGUGAAGUUGACUGUCGCUUCACGGCUACUUGAAGGGAUAGCUUCUACGUGGUGGGAGAGCGUGGAAGGGAAGUACCAUGGGGAAAUAACAUGGGCGGACUUUGAGCUAGAGUUCUAUGCUCAAUACUACUCCGAGUACGAGGUGAAUGUGAAACGGAGAGAGUACACUAACCUCAAACAAAAAGAGGGCGGCACAGUUAAGCAACUGGAACAAGAGUUUAGAACCUUGGCUAGGUUCUUGCCGGAGUACGCGGUUGAUGAGAAUCGCAUGACGGAGCACUUUUGGGAUGCCCUACUCUUGGACAUCCGUGACCGAGCUACGUACUCGCACCACAUGACCUUCAGCGAGGUGGUGGAGCAGGGCCUUCUCGGGGAGGCCCAAUGGAAUGAGAGAAAAGAGAGAGACGCCGAAGAGGCGAAAAAGAGGAAAUGGCAAAGUUCGGGGCCGCCCGAGCAAGCACGGAAGGAUAAGCACGGUGGAGGUGGCGGUUCGUUCAAGACACCGGCACCACCGGCAAAGAAGAGCAGGGAUGCUCGGUGGCAUGCAUCCUCCUCACAAAGGACGGGGCCUCCAAAGUGUGCCAAUUGUUCGAAAAAUCAUUUUGGGAAGUGCAAUGCACCCCCAAGGUGUUAUCAAUGUGGGAACACGGGCCACAUGAAGGCAAAUUGCCCACAACUAGGGGGAGGAGGAGCUCCGGGAUCCGGAGGAGGAACCACGACGGGGAGGAACCGUGCGGGGCCGUCCAACGGCGGCACGGGAAGAGGCGGCGCAUCCACAAACCAUGCCGCAUCCGUUAACCAAGGUGGGACCCAAGCCCGAGUGUACGCGAUGACCGAGGCGGAUGCGAGAGCAAACCCGGACUCCGUUGCAGGUUGAAGCUAGGGCUUGCUACUUGCACCUUCUCACGGGUGAUAUCAAAUCAGGAAGACGUGGUUCGUGCUUCCUUAUUUUCUUUCAAACUACCGAACACCUGCUCAUGGAUAUUUGUUCUACUAUAAACUAUUUUUGGGGCUUGCAUGCCCAUGUUGUUGGCCGAUUGUGGCUUAUGACUUACCGUUGAAUAUUUCCGCUAUUCAUUGGUUGAAAUGUGAUGUUGUUAUGUAUGUUUACUACUGAGUAUGGAUGGAUUGUUUUCUCGAACGCCUUGUGUAAUUAAGUGGGGUUGACUCGCGGGUGACGUCACUUAAUUAUACGGCGGUUGUACACGCGCUUGGAUUGCGGUCUGGGGCGUGACAAAGCAAGGACAUUAAGCUACGGUGAAGAUUGAUUUCCUCAUCCAACGGUGGAGAUUCAAUGAUCAAGUCCAUAAAUACAAAAGGAGUGUGGGAAGACCAAGUGUUGUAAAACGAGAGGAGCCAAGUGGAAUAGAAGAGAAACAAACUAUCCAUGCUCACAUCCAACCAGUUGAUUCUUCUUCACCAUUUUCGGCUACCACCCCACUCAUCUAAUGCUCUUAGAUUAGCUAUAAUUCAUACAAACCUAUAGAGCUUAGAUUAGUUGAUAGUUUAAAUAUACACCCAUGUAAUCUAGACUAGUGUUAGACAUUCUGGAGGACAUGAGUAGCUCUUGGUAAGUCAAUGCCAUUAGUGAAAAACCUUGGGAGGACUGAGUAUCUUGGAAUUGUGUUCAAAUUCUUUGUGAAAAACCUCACACUCUAUGCCUGGGCCAAGGGUAGAUUGGGCACUAAAUGUAAUGAGAUAUUCAUUUAGUGGAAAUCCAUCUGAAAUAGGUUAGGACUGUAUGUACGAGGAUUACACCACCUCUGAACAAGGAUAUAUCUUGUGUCACCUUUUAUAUUUUGCUCCCAACACACACUUUAGUUCUCA